AUGGCCUCUUCACCAGUUGAGAAGCCAGGCAACGUCUUGGGCGGUACUCAACCAUUAGCCAGAUAUGGUGGUCUCAACGGUAACGCAUUGUUAUAUGCAGUAGUAGCUAUCGCUACUUGUGGUUUCUCUCUUUUCGGUUAUGAUCAAGGUUUGAUGUCCGGUAUCAUUGCUUCCAAGCAAUUCAACACUGAAUUCCCUGCUACCAAACAAAGAGACGCCAACGAUGUACACGCCGGUACCGUUCAAGGUUCCGUCACAUCGUGUUACGAAGUUGGAUGUUUCAUUGGUGCUUUAAUCGCUUUCUUCAUCGGUGACAAGAUGGGUAGAAGGAAGAUGAUGUUCGGUGGUGCUGUCGUCAUGAUCAUCGGUACCGUCAUCUCCGUUACCGCUUUCGGUCCAGGCGAUACUUCCGGAAGAGGAAAUGUCGGUGGAUUCGUUCAAUUCAUCGUUGGUCGAGUCAUCACUGGUUUCGGUAACGGUGCCAACACCGCCACUAUCCCCUCAUGGGUCGCUGAAACUUCCAAAGCCCACAACAGAGGUUUCCUCAUUUGUAUGGAAGCUUCUACUGUCGCUGUCGGUACUGUCAUUGCCUAUUGGAUCGAUUUCGGUCUCUCUUUCGUUGACUCUUCCGUAUCAUGGCGAUUCCCCAUUGCUAUGCAAAUCCUUUUCGCCCUUAUCCUCAUUGGUGGUGUCGCUGUCCUCCCCGAGUCACCUCGAUGGCUCAUCGCCCAUGGACGGUCCGCUGAAGGUCUCAAAGUCAUUGCUGCCCUCGAUGCUCGAUCAAUCGAUGAUCCCGUCUCUAUCGCCGACCACAAGAAGAUUGUUGACGCUUUAGCCGCUCAAGCCGCCGUCAAGGCCAACAAGACUCGAGACUUGCUCAAGAUGGGUAAACAACAACACUUCCGAAGAGCUUUGGUCGGUGCUUCUACCCAAUUAUUCCAACAGAUUGGUGGUUGUAACGCGGUCAUCUACUACUCAACUGUAUUAUUCGAGAACCAAAUCGGUUUAGAGACUCAAUUAUCUUUGAUCUUGGGUGGUGUUUUAUCGGUCGUUUACAUGAUCUUCGCUUUAACCUCUUUCUUCCUCGUUGAGAAAGUCGGUCGAAGAAAGUUGUUCUUGUGGGGUACCGUCGGUCAAGCCGUCUCCAUGUUCAUUACUUUCGGUUGUCUUUUACCUGGUGACGCUCAAUCUGCCAAAGGUGCCGCUUUCGGUCUUUACUUCUUUAUCGCAUGGUUCGGUGCUACCUGGUUACCUCUUCCUUGGUUGUACCCAGCCGAAUUGAACUCCAUGGCCGUCCGAACUCAAGCCAACGCUGUAUCUACCAUGGUUAACUGGAUCUUCAACUUUACCGUCGUACAAGUUUUACCUACCAUGACUGCUUCGAUCGGUGCCUACACUUUCUUGUUCUUCGGAUUGAUCAAUUUGGUCUUCCUUCCCUUCAUCUACUUCUUCUACCCCGAAACUACUGGAAGAUCGCUCGAGGAGCUUGAUGUCAUUUUCGCCCACGCACACCUAACGCAACGAAGACCCACGCUCGUCGCUGCCGAAUUACCCAAGUUGUCCGACCACCAGAUCCAGGAGAUGACCGACAGGUACGAUAUCCACGGUGGGGACAACGCUGAGGACCCCGAGGCUAUCGGUGCCCCAGUCAACGUAACUCCCGACACUACUCUUCCUCCUGUCCACCCUCACGAUCACGUCGGGUCCGGAGAAGCCACCAGAGUCCCAACUCCGACCGAAGGACAUGUCAAACCAGCCCAAUAA